GUUGUUUUUAUGAGAGGCGUCACUGCUCUGGGAGCUGUGACAGCCGCCACCGCGACAGCCAGCGCCGGCCGGCGGAGGUGGCGCUGCUCCCUCAGCCCAGGAAGUUUGGAAGGUUGUUAAGAAGAUGAAACACUGGUAAAUCCGGAGGGAGCUGUGUGUGAGAUGGAGCCGCAGCACUGAGAAUGUGGGCUACUGGAGAAGGCUGAGAGCCGAGGUCUUGCAAGGGGGAGAAGAGCUUUCACAUGACCUGAAAAAUGUCUGAAAAUUCCAGUGACAGUGACUCAUCUUGUGGUUGGACUGUCAUCAAUCAUGAGGGGUCUGAUAUAGAGGUGGUGAAUUCUGAACAUGGUACAGCCGGUGACAGCUGUGAGCUCAACCCAGAAUGUUCAUCUUUAUCACAAGAGGAGCUGCAGGUACUGCAGUUAGAGCAGGGAGAGAGCAGCCAAAAUGGCACCAUGGUGACAGAAGGAACUGCUUAUCCAGCUUUGGAGGAAAUGAAGUCAGCACUUGAGGGAGAGGAAGAAAAAUUACCUGAGGACAAUCUCUAUUUUGGAACUGUCAGUGAUGACUCUGAUAUUGUUACCCUUGAGCCACCUAAGCUAGAAGAAAUUGGAAAUCAAGAAGAAGCUAUAGUUGUUAAAGAAGCACAGAGUCCAGAAGAGUUUAACAUGGGCUCUUCCUCUAGCAGCCAGUAUACAUUCUGUCAGCCAGAAACUGAAAGGUGGUGGGAGAAGCUGUGGAAGAUUCCUGAAUGCAUAAGGGGAUGGGAUGAUCAGCUGAAACACCAUGUUCCUAGCCAACUCGCUUUCCAAGUUUUUUCAUCUCAGCCUAGUGAUGAUGAAUCAAGUAGUGAUGAAACCAGUCAUCAGCCCAGUCCUGCCUUUAGACGACGCCGUGCUAGGAAGAAGACCGUUUCUAGUUCAGAAUCUGAAGAAAGGCUACUUGCUGAACAAGAAACUGAACCCUCUAAGGAGUUGUGUAAACGUCAGUUCAGCAGUGGUCUCAAUAAAUGUGUUAUACUUGCUUUGGUGAUUGCAGUCAGCAUGGGAUUUGGACAUUUCUAUGGCACAAUUCAGAUUCAGAAGCGUCAGCAGUUAGUCAGAAAGAUACAUGAAGAGGAAUUGAAUGACAUGAAGGAUUUUCUUUCCCAGUGUCAGCAGGAACAAGAGUCUUUCACAGAUCAUAAGUCAUUGAAGGAAAACCUUGCAAGGUGUUGGACGCUUACUGAAACAGAGAAGAUGUCCUUUGAGACUCAGAAAAAGAACCUUGAUUCAGAAAAUCAGUAUCUAAGAAUAUCUCUGGAGAAGGAAGAAAAAGCUUUAUCUUCAUUACAGGAAGAGUUAAGGAAACUAAGAGAACAGAUUAGGAUAUUGGAAGAUAAGGGGACAAGUGCUGAAUUAGUUACAGAGAAUCAGAAACUUAAGCAGCAUUUGAAAGAAGAAAAGCUGAAAACACACAGCUUCCUUAAUCAAAGGGAGACUCUCUUGGCAGAAGCAAAGACGUUAAGGAGGGAACUGGAAAGAGAACGACUGGUAACCAUGGCUUUAAAGGUGGAACUCCAGCAGCUAAGCUCUAGUCAGGCAUAUGACAACCCAGACUCUCCCAGUAUAGCGAAUGAAAAAAAGGAAAUAGAAAUGUUACGGGAAAGACUCACUGAGCUGGAGCACAAGCUAAACUUUGAACAGCAGCGUUCUGACUUGUGGGAAAGACUGUAUGUUGAAGCAAAAGAUCAAAAUGGAAAACAAGAAACUGAUGGAAAAAAGAAAGGGAACAGAGGAAACCACAGAGCUAAAAAUAAGUCAAAGGAAACAUUUUUGGGUUCCGUUAAGGAAACGUUUGAUGCCAUGAAGAAUUCUACCAAGGAGUUUGUGAGGCAUCAUAAAGAAAAAAUUAAACAGGCUAAAGAAGCUGUGAAAGAAAAUCUGAAAAAAUUCUCAGAUUCAGUUAAAUCCACUUUCAGGCAUUUCAAAGAUACCACCAAGAAUAUCUUUGAUGAAAAAGGCAAUAAAAGAUUUGGUACUACAAAAGAAGCAGCAGCUAAAAAACCAAAAACCAUUUUUAGUGAGUAUUUACAUCCACAGUAUAAGGCACGUACACACAGCCAGAAUAGUGGAGGCCCUACUAUGCAAAGAGAGGGAAGGAAAGAAAAGCCUCACUCUGAAGAAUUUGGGAAAAAAAAAAAUUCACAGAAAUGCAGUACUGAACAUGACUGUGGUGAAAAUCAUAAUUCUUUCAGAAAGGCUUGUUCUGGUGUGUUUGAAUGUGCGCAGCAAGAAUCCAUUAACCUUUUUAAUGUUAAAGUGUUGACUCCUGUAAGGAUAGAUGAAUUUAGACCGUUAAUUGAAAGGUAUUUAUUAGAAAGACUGGAUGGUUUUCAUCAUUGGAAAGAACUUGAUCACUUCAUCAAUAAGUUUUUCCUAAAUGGUGUCUUUAUACAUGAUCAGAAGCUCUUCACUGACUUUGUUAAUGAUGUUAAAGAUUAUCUUAAAGACAUGAAGGAAUAUCAAGUAGAUAAUGUUGGAGUGUUUGAGAAGUUGGAUGGAUAUAUAUAUAGACACUUCUUUGGUCACACCUUUUCCCCUCCAUAUGGACCCAGUCGACCAGAUAAAAAGCAACGUAUGGUAAAUAUUGAAAGCUCCAGGCAUCGAAAACAAGAGCAGAAGCACCCUCAGCCACCUUAUAAAAGGGAAGGUAAAUGGCAUAAAUAUGGUCGCACUAAUGGAAGACACAUGGCAAGCCUUGAAAUAGAAUUGGGGCAGUUACCUUUUGAUCCUAAAUAUUGACCAUCACAAUUAAGUUAAAUUAGAAAACUGUAAAAAACAUGGAUUCUUUCUACAGUAUUUGGUGUUGAAACUAAGAUGAAAUUAUCAAGAUAACAAUGUCUUUUUAUCAUGGCUAAAUAUCAGUUUGAUGACUUUGUAUUAUUACUCAGAAGCAUCAAGCAAAAGCUUACUAACUUGCAUUUUCCUGUAGUUUAGCUUUGCUGAAUUUUUUUUGGCACUGAAAAAUGUUCAACUGUAGUUUUAUUAAGGAAGCCAGGCAUGCAACAGAUUUUGUGCAUGAAAUGAGACUUCCUUUCAGUAUAUGAGCUUAAAGCAAGCUCAAAUUAUACAUGACAAAGUGUAAUUAACACUGAUAUUUGUGUUAAAUUUGCAGUAGAGCUUGAAAAAAGUACAUUGUGAUGGAAUUUCAUCUUUAACAUUUUAUAAUCUUACACUUGCUUCUUGUCUUUUUGUGGGUUCAAGAGCCCGUUGACUUGUGAAGAAUUUGCUGCCUUCUUAUGAGCUUGCUGACUUGUUCUCUUGUGAAAUUUCUUGCACAUCUGAAUAUUGUGGAAGAAACAAUAAAACUACACCAUGAGGAAAACUAAA